AUGUCUAACCCUCGAGCCAAACCUGUUCCACCAACUGGCAAACCAACAGUACGUUCUCCGCCGAUCAAGAACCCUGCGGCGAAGAAGCCAAUCCCAAAGACACCCGUGAGGCCAUCCAAACCUCCCGCCAAAUCUGUAGCAAAAGCAGCGGAAGCACCAAAGGCCGGCAACUGGAUCAACAGAACCGUACAGAACAGCGUUGCUGGAGUGGGGAAUUACGCAAGUUCCUUCGUCUAUGGAAUCGGAAACAGCGUGAACAAAGUUGGUGAAGGAGUUGGGAAUAGCAUCGCAAAUACCACUCGUGGAUGGGGACAGGGUGUAGCAGAACAAGGAAACUAUCUCAAAGACGCAGUUGGGGUGGGAGGAGGUCGCGUCAGUACGAGCAACAAUCCGUUGGGUCUCGCUGGAGCAGGAGUAUCUAAGCCGACGGUCAGUAGCGCGGGUAAGAAGACGAGUGGAUCAAACCAUCUGGGAAUAUGA